UACAAAUGAGCGAAAUAUUAAAAGCUUCAGCAAAAAUGAAUUAAUUUGAACGAAUUCGAUAGAACUCUUGCGGUAGUGCCAGUUGGACUUUUUGUGUAGGUGAAGGGCUGUUCAUUGGUGUAAUUUUUAGGGUUAGUGUUACGGCUUCCCUCUAUGGGGCCCCACUCUUCGUUACGUCCAUUGUAGAUUAUCAAGGAUCAUUGCAAAGGUAUUCAGAGACAACGAGAGACAAAAUGAGAAAUAGUACAACUUAAUUAGUCUCUGUCACUUAUUAGGAUAAAUUGUGGGACUUAACUCAAAGAACACAACGAAUAUGGCGGAUGGAAUGUGUGCCAAGUGUUCCAGAUACCUGCUGGUGGUCUUCAACUUCUUCUUCUGGGUAUCUGGAUGUGGCUUGCUUGGAAUCGGGAUCUGGAUAUGUGUGGACGACAGAAUUGAGGAGUUUCUUAAAAACGCCAGCAUUGGAUUUCCUCUGGACUGGAUAUAUGUUUUUGCUUACGUCACAAUUGGUGUGGGUGGAUUCAUAUUUAUCACUGGUUUCUGUGGUUGCUGUGGGGCCGUGCGGGAAAGCGCCUGGAUGUUAGCGGGGUAUAUAGGCUGUGUAGUAAUAAUUUUGGUUGCUGAGCUGGUUAUAGGGGUGUACAUUGCAGUGGAACGAAAAAAUUUGGAAGGAAUGCUUAAAACUGAGCUGACACGACUUGUGAAUGAAUAUCCCACCCACAACAACAACGUCACAAUGGACUUCAUUCAGAAAAACUUUGACUGUUGUGGUGCAAGGAACUUUUCAGACUACAAGGAAUCAAAACUUAACAACGGAACAACUACACUCUCCCCAUGGAUAGUUCCGAAUAGUUGUUGUAAAACAGAGAACACAGUUCAGUGCUACAGUGAGGCCAGAAAUCUGGGACCUACGUAUACAGAAAUUAGGAGUCGGAGCUGCUUUGACAACAUUAUUGACUUUCUAUAUGAGAAUGUGGUUAUUUUAAUAUCAGUGGCUGUGGGCGUUGCCGUGGCAGAGAUCCUAGGAGUAAUUUGUGCCGUCAUACUAUGUCAAAACAGAACGGAAUACUGGGAUUGGGACUGAGACUUCCGGUCACUGACGAGUUUUCGUCGGAAUAGCUUCAGAUGAUAUGUCUCAAUAUGUUGUGUAGAGGCAAUUCGUAUCUCGUAUGUGGGACCACUACAAAAACUAGUCUAUUGUUUAUUUAUGUUUCUAUAUCAAUCAUGUGAAAUAGUGACGUCAUUAAUUGUACUGUUUGGGGAUUAGACGUGAUACUAAGUAUUUUAGUUCGAAAUAUAAGUUACGUGUUUUCUUUAUUUGCAGUUUUCAUGCAAGGAAAUCAUUAUCAAUAUUCAAACAACUUUUUGAAUUUUUUUUUAAAUAUAAUCAUUAACUGAUUAUGCAAAAUAAUGAUAUAUCAUCUAUUGAAUUAGGGAAUAAAUUAUAUCCAUCAAGUGUUCAAAAGUAACUGGCGUUAUUUUCAAUAGGACCCAAGUCUUUCAUUUUCAUGUUUUUAAAAAAAAUAUUUUAUUACGCACAUUGUUUCUAUGAUGCACAUAACAUUUAUGAUUACGUUAUUCUGAUAACUGCAUCACUAUAACGGCUAUGAUUCCUUAUCAAGUUCUUGACAACCCCAUUCUGUACGAUUGCUCUUUGUUAAAUGUUUCCUCGUUUGUUGACUAUUAUCAAUAAUGAGAAAAAAAUUAAAAACAUUAUAAAUAAUUAAAGUAG